GCCAAAACCAAACAGCCACCAACUCCUUUCUUCUGUGUUUUCUGAGGCUGAGAUCAGAGCCGCUGCUCCUGCAGAGUCAACAGGCGAUGGAACUUCCAAAGCAUCAUGUCUGGGAAAAGGUUGGUUCUGACUGAGCAGCAGCUCUCUAACCAGGAAACAACAUCCAGUUCGGACCAGAAGGAACCAGAAUCUCCGCUGAUUAAAGAGGAACAGCAGGAACUCAGCAUCCGUCAGCAUGAAGAGCAUUUCAUUCUGAAGCAGGAAAAGGUUACCAUGGUAACCUCUCCUGAAGAAACAAACUGUUGAACCAGAACCAAACAGGAACAAACCAUUGUGUCUGAGUUUUUCUGAAGCUGAGAGCCAAAAUCAUGAUGGACGUGGGAAUGAAAACAACAAAGAUCUGACACGAAAUAAAAAAUGUCAACAAACCAAAGAUCACAGAGAUGGCCAAAAACUAAAAAGGUGUUCACCAGACGGUGCUGACUUAAGAAACUGUCCUGGAGAACUGGGGUCUGCUUUGAAACGGAAGGACCUGGAGCCCCUCAACGUGACUGAGUUUCAGGAAGAAGGAAGGAAGAAAAGUUCUGUUGUCAAAUUUUGAUCAGCACCAGCCUAAAGACGGAGAUCGUCCAACCAGCAGCGUCACUAAUAAGAUGAAAUCAGCAAGGAAUUCAGAUCUAAAUCUUUAUAAAGAUAAGUCCAACUCUUCAGAUUCUGAUGUCUGCAAUGUUGAAGAUGACCAGGAUGGCAACAAUUCUGACAGUCAGCUGAAGCUCUUGUCAGACUCUGAGUCAAAAACUAAAGAUUGUAACAAAGACUGGAAGAAGAGCAGGUCUAAAUCAGAGGCUGUCAAAUCUUCGAGCUGCCCAGAAUGUGAUGAACAAUUUCUCCAUGAGCAUUCUCUCCAGAAACACAUGAUCGUGACAAGUCAUUCUGGAAAGAGGUCUUCAGGCUGUUGUAUUGAUAAACAUGUUAGUGUGAAGCAAAAUGUAGACUCUUGCAGGGAAGUCCAGACAAAACUACAACCAUUUAGGUGUGACAACUGUGGAAAGACUUUUAGCAGAAAAUCACAUUUAAAUGAACACUUGAGAAUCCACGCAGGACAGAAGCCUUUUGCUUGUGAGCUCUGUGGACAAAGAUUUACCCGAAAGGGAAAUUUAGACACACACAUGAGAGUCCAUACAGGACAGAAACCUUUUGCUUGUGAGAUCUGUGAACAAAGAUUUAGUGGAAAGUCGGGUUUAGACAUACACAUGAGAGUCCACACUGGACAGAAACCUUUUGCUUGUGAGAUCUGUGAACAAAGAUUUAGUGGAAAGUCAAGUUUAAACAGACACAUGAGAGUCCACACAGGACAGAAGCCUUUUGCUUGUGAGCUUUGUGGACAGAAAUUUCGUGUAAAAGGAAAUUUAGAGAAACACAUGAGAGUCCACACAGGACAGAAGCCUUUUGCUUGUGAGCUCUGUGAAAAAAGAUUUAUCCAAAAGGUAAAUUUAGACACACACAUGAGAGUCCACACUAAACAGAAGCCUUUUGCUUGUGAGCAUUGUGGACAAAAAUUUAGUGGAAAGUCAAGUUUAAACAGACACAUGCGAAGCCACACAGGACAGAAGCCUUUUGCUUGUGAGCACUGUGGACAAAGAUUUAACCAGAAGGGAAAUUUAGACACUCACAUGAAAGUCCACACAGGACAGAAGCCUUUUGCUUGUGAGAUCUGUGAAAAAAGAUUCAUCCAAAAGGGAAAUUUAGACACACACAUGAGAGUCCACACAGGACAGAAGCCUUUUGCAUGUGAACUCUGUGGACAAAAAUUUAGUGUAAAGUCAAGUUUAAACAAACACAUGGGAGUCCACACAGGACAGAAGCCUUUUGCGUGUGAACUCUGUGGACAAAAAUUUAGUGUAAAGUCAAGUUUUAACAAACACAUGAGAGUCCACACAGAACAAAAAGCAUCUGUCUAACUCCAAGGAUUCUUGUUGUUAUCCUUGUGAUUUUCUCAUUUUUAACGUGUAGUUUGGCUUCUGAAUGAACCAAUAUAAAAAUAACUAGGGAUGCACAGUUUUUGGACCGAUAAUGAUAUCCGAUAAUUAUUAUGCUGUUAUGGCCGAUAAAUGGAUAUUUUAUGUGUUAGCUUGUUGCUGCAUGUGCAUUUUUUAGAUCUACUUAUGGUAUCAUGCAUGCCUUUGUGCCUUGGUGCCAAGUCCGCUUCACUGGUAUGUUUUAAAGUUAAAGUCCCAAUAAUUCGUCACACACUGGUGAAAUUCAACUCCGCAUUUGACCUGAGAUGCAGCUGGCUGCGCUCUGUAACUAUUUGGUGGUUUAACCCCCCAAUUCAACCCCUUAAGCCGAGUGUCAAGCAGGGAGGCAUUGGGUCAGAUUGUUAGUCUUUGCUAUGACCCGACCGGGAUUUGAACCCCAAUCGCCAAGUCACAGGGAACCGAACGACAAGCUGGAUUAAAUCUGUUGCAUGUUCCACCUGCUGCAACGGUUCCUUCAGAAUAAAAGCUGAACCAUCACGACCCUUCAGGGUCUCGCUGAUGCCAAUAAACUCGUGACCUGGGAGUUACUCAAGACUGGAAGGGUCAGCAACCGCUGCAUAUCUACAGGCGUCUGUUCCAAGAGGGUCCAAGCUGGACCCCCGACAUUCCGGAUCUAAACGGGGACUUCCGUUGGGGUACGUAGAUGGCGUCUCAAUGUGCGUUAUUAUCUCCAAACCAAAGCUUAGAGCGAAACACCCUUUCACUCCCACUCAGAACUAAUUGUUUUCCGGAUCUGCUGGUUCUGAACAUAUUUCACACACACAUCAACCUCUGUACAUUUUAUAUCUCUUAUCUUAUUGUUUACUUUAUUCAUUUCUUAAAUAUGUAUGUACGCAUUAUACACACACUCACAUGCACACACGUAGAAAAAUAAAAAAAUAAAAUACUUAGCACACACAUUAGGAAUGUAUAUACCUUAAAUACUAUAUAUAUAUUAUUACUUAGAUUAGCCAUUUUUAUAUUUUGCUUGUUUUUACGUUAUUGUAUUUUGCAUAACUGUUGCUGUGAAGCUCGCACACAAGAAUUUCACUCACAUGUACUGUACCAGUGUACCUGCACAUGUGAUGUGACAAUAAAAGCGAUUUGAUUUGUCUUACUCCACCUUAGUUCAUCAUACACAUAGUGUUUAAAGUUAGUCUUGUUUAAUUUGUUUAGAAAUAAAUCUUUUAACUUUUUAAA